AUGAGCGAGAUCAACUCGAUCAUUCACAGAGUGAAUGUACUGGUCUCAAAACUGCCCAAAGAGAAGGAUGCAGGCCUGGAGAAAGAGUGCGCGCUGAUCAAGUUCGGCGGCAUGGUAUCUAACCGCGAAUCGGGCCUGUUGUUUGGAGAACUGGCGCAGCAGAUGGAUCGCACAGCGGUGCUACGGCAGCCAUGGAUUGUCGAGUUUGUUGUGCGCUUGGGCAACGAGCUAUGCCGGCGUGGCGAGGUGGGCGAGAGCUUCUGGGGCAAGAUAUUGGGUGCGAAGUUUUCGCGUAAUGUUGCGGUCCAUGGCCGGUUGGUGGAGGCGCUGCUGGACGGCGCUUUGUCGCGUACGGCUCCCUGUGCGUGGCAGAAUAUGGCGUUGUUGCUCAAGCUGUACUAUGAGCUGCCGGAGUAUCGGAAUGUGGUGGCCUCGCUUUUACGCUCACACUAUGCGAGGAUGGUUGGGAGCCUGUUGGACUGUAUACACGACUUCCAGUUGUGCAACUAUGUUGUGGAGCUGUUGAGCAAUGUGUUCGCGCGUAAAUCUACGACCAAACCUGGUGUGUCGAUGCCUCCGCAUCUGUGGGAGAACGAGGAAAAGAACAAGCAGUUUUUCGACAGCGCGGAGUAUCCAUAUAAGGGCAAACAUGGAGAAGCGGCUGUGAUUAGCUUCAUAUGGAACCGUUUCGGUCCUUUUUUCACGAACUUUGUGCGUGUACGCAAUAUCAGGUGUGUAAUGGCAAACGGCCGUUCCAAACCGCUCUCAAAAUCUGCCUGGUAUCACCUGCAGGUGAUAUAUAACAAGAUAUACAUGUGGGAUGGUGAGGGUACCUUUCUACAGCUGGAUACAACUACGGUGGAAAUCAUGAGGGACUUGAAGGAGCACGUUCGGAUGAAACUACUGCUACCUUUCGAGGACGCUGUCUCCUCUCCACACACCGUUAUGCUGACUACGUUAGGGAACGUAAAGAGCUUCGAUCUCGAGUUUCAUGACGAGUGCAUGGAAGAUGUGUUUCUAAAUGCAACUAAGGUCCGUAAGGUCAGUGAGGUGCAGUCCUUUAUCACUCUAAAAUUCCCCUCUUCCUUUGAUGAUGAGAUACUCGAGUCAUCGAUGCCAACUACAAGUCACCAUCAAGACUUAACAACUCAAGACGUACUUGGUGGAUUGGUCGAUGCUAUGGAUGAUAGGCGCGACCAAGAAGACGAUAUCGAUUCGCAACAACCCCUGGAUGUACUUCCUUUGAUCGGCUGCGACAGUCCAGUUUCCAACUUGCCGCGGAUUACGGGGGUUGCUCGUUCGGAGGAUGCAGACGAAUGGGAUCUUGGACAGAGCAGUAUUACUCCUAACAAACUAGAAAUCCAUUCGGUCCAGACGCCUACCACACACCGUGUGCGUGUGCUAGAAGAAGAACAAUCGCCUUUGAUCAUGCUGCAGAAGCGCAGACUAGCCAGGAAUGGGUCAAGAACAUUAGCCACAGCUACAAUCAACCAUGACCAGGAACUGCAACUAGAAGUGCCAGAUAGAGAAGCAGCUUCGCCUGCCAUUGAACACGAGCAAGCCACCUCGAAAACUGGCCUGGACGAAACUUCCAGAACAGUGGAUGCUCAAACUGGAACACCGCAGACAAAAAAUACCCUCAAACGCCCCGCUAAGGAGCUUGCAAACAAUAGCACAUCUGAUAGCCGCUCUGCUAACGUCAGCGUGGUUGGAAUGUCGACUGCGAAGGGAAACAAGACGGAGAAAAGCAGAUUGCCUAUGGGACUCGAGGCACUUGAAAAUAUAUUUGCACUACCCGUUUCAAAGCCUAAGCGGCAAAAGAGGAACGGCAACAAGGAACCUGCAUUGCAUGACAAGACCGGCAAGCCUAUCAAAAACGCUGGUUCUGGAUCUACAAAGAAGAAGGCCGCGCAGCCUGCCAAGAGUAACAAUGUGGCGGUUGAGCAACAGCUGAAAGUUCCAGCUCCGCCCCCUGUAGGAUUGGAGCCUCCAGCAUCGCAGACCCCUAACCAGGAACAGGUUAUUAAAACGCCAAAGACGCCGAUAAAAGUGCAUAACACCAGAGCAAAAAGGAAGAGGCUUUCUGAUCAGACUGCGACAGCAAAAUCUCCUACGGUAGCGAAUGUGAGAACGGACCUCGAACCAAGCACGAUCGACCCUCAUACUCCUGUUCGGAUUCCUACCCUAAGAGGAGCAGGCAUUGCCGCGAGCAGUCUAGCGCCGGUCAACCUAUCCAUGAAACAGCAGGACAUGAUGGAGUCGACCACCAUUGUCAACACUAGCUCAGCUUUCCCAUGCUCAUACACAAGCAAACUCCAGGAUCAAAUAUUUAGCUCCAUCACAGCGUUUUCCGGCGAUCUGACCAGGAAGCUAGCAAUAAUUAACGAGGAGAUGAAUAAUAAGAUCGUUCACGAGCUAUCGCAAAAAUACCAGCGGCUCUUCCACGACCUUCAUGAACGUUUCCAACAGGACAUCAACGGCAUGGUCAGCAUGGUGGGCGAAUUCAACGAAUUACUGCAAUUACCGGAAGAUGAACUUGUUAAGGCAAUUAGAAGCAAACAAUUCACCUGA